AUAUAUGAGCUGUAUUUCCUUUUCGAGACCUAUAAAGCACAGCGAGAUUUUACUUUAGGCUAGAGCCCCGCCACCAACAAUGGCGGACAGUGAGCGUCGCGCAAAGCGUUCUCGUUUUGAUCAAACAGAAGCAGAACCUCGAAGACAAUCAAGAUUUGAUCGACGUUCGCGAUCCCCAUCUGCUCGGAAUUCAGAUUCCGCACGGGAGCGAAGCCCACUGAGCAGGGAACCGCGAAGCCCUGGGAACGACGACAACCGGAAGUCCGCAUCCGCCGAUCCAACUGCUGCUGCAGGCGAGUCUGCCGCUGCUGCGAAGAUAAAUGCUGAACUUCAGGCGAAAAAAGGAUAUCAGCACAUGAACGUGGUACCAGUUCGUUCUACUGCUAGCCCAGCGGCGAAGUCUGCUUCUCCAGGUGCAGAGAGUGCACGCAACGUAAAUGGCGAAGUUUACAUGGCAGACGGAGACUAUAUAAAAGAUAUCGAAGUCAACGACCUCCGAAACCGGUACACACUGACUAAGGGUGCAACCCAGAGGAUGAUUAAAGAUGAAACUGGCGCCGAUGUUACGACCCGAGGGAGUUAUUUCCCUGAUAAAAGCAUGGCUACGGCUGCGAACCCCCCGCUUUAUCUUCACGUAACGAGCACCACCAAGGAGGGUCUUGACAAGGCAGUCGCCAAAAUAGAGGAAUUGAUGAAACAAGAACUGCCCAACCUUGUUGACGAGCGGAGGUUUCGUCGCAGAGAACCAGAGCCGCAAGUGGAACGGGAUGAAUACGGUCGACGGAAAUGGCCUGAGGAACGGAUUCCUGUUGACCUGGAGCCUAUUCCGGGUUUUAAUCUUCGUGCUCAGGUAGUUGGCCAAGGUGGCGCGUAUGUUAAGCAUAUCCAGCAGGAGACGCGUUGCCGAGUUCAGAUCAAAGGACGUGGCUCUGGUUUCACAGAACAUAGCACUGGUAGAGAAAGUGAUGAGCCUAUGUAUUUACAUGUCGCUGGUCCUGAUCCGAAGGAAGUCCAAAAUGCCAAAGCUCUUUGCGAAGACCUCCUCGCUAACGUGAGGGAGCAAUAUGAGAGGUUUAAGGAGCAGCCGCCACCACCACAACGGUCGUAUGGUGGAGGUGGUCACCAUGCUGGCGGGUAUGGGCGCGAUCGUUCCCAUUAUGGGGGUGGGAGUUACGGGGGGGCCGGCGGCAAUUACGGGAACUACUCUUCUCCGCAGACACCCAUGAGUCCCUCUGCCAAUGCCACACCUGCCACUGAUGCUGGCGCAACUUCCCAAGUUGCACCGGCGACAGGCCACUCUGCCGCAGACUACAGCCGCAUGUAUUCUCAAUAUAUGACAGGCCAAGAUCCAUACGCAGCGUGGGGUGGGUAUCAAAAUUAUGUCGCGUAUUACCAGCAGUAUUAUCAGCAGCAGCAGCAGCAGCAACCGCCGCCGCCACCGCCACCACAAGGUUCUGCUCCCCCUCCACCACCGCCUCCGGCUUCUGAGGCCCCACCACCUCCUCCGCCUCCAGGAUCAGGUACACCGCCUCCACCGCCUCCACAGUCAUCGUCUGGGGGAUAUAAUGCCGUACCCCCUCCUCCUGGCUUGUGAAUAUCCGCCUUUACCAGAAAUUUACAGACAACAUUCGUUCAGUGGUGACAUUUGGACAUGAUGCAUUUACCUCCCUGGUGUAUUCAAAUACUCGUUUUAUUGCCAAAACCUCUCAUCAGACUUUGGACUUCAAACUCCGUCAUAACACUAAAAUUUCCAUCAUAUUCGUCUCAAUGUCCGAGUUUUCAAUCUAAUUAAUCGUCUACUUUUUAGCCUAGUGUUUUUUUCAACAAUGUCUUAGUUAAAAGUUAUUUUGCUUUGAAAUUGAAAAUUUCCCCUUCCGUUCUAUAGUGUAUACUUCGAAUAACUUAACUAUCCAUCGAAUUACAGUCACCUACGAAAGUAAGCAAA